AUGGAUGGAAACCACCUACAGUCAAUUGAAGGAGUAACUACAGCAGUGCCUCGAGAACGCUGGACUACAGCCCAACGUGAUGAUUACAAGUUCAAUGCUAGAGCACUGGCACAGAUCAAUGGUAGUUGCUCAAAGAAACAGUUUGAGCUGAUUCAGGGCUGUACUACGUCAAAGGAGGCGUGGGAUAUUCUCCAGAUCCACUUUGAAGGGACAAGUCAAGUUCAAAGCUCAAGGAAGGAUCUAUUGGCAACUAAGUUUGAGAAUAUGAGGAUGGAGGAACAUGAGUCAAUUGCUGACUUUAGCUCGAAACUUAGCUCACUCGUUCAGGAGUCCCGUACCCUGGGAAAGGUAUACAAGGAUGCUAAACUAGUGAAGAAACUUCUUCGGUGUCUUCCAGACAAAUUCACAGCAUACAAGGCUGGACUAAGUGCAAAUCCUAUCUGGGACGAUCUCCUAUGA